GCUAAUUUAUGAGAUUUUAACUUAGUUCCUUGUUUCUCCGCGUGAUGAAUGUCAAGAACUUCCCUUUUUAACACGUGACAUCAGGAAAACACUGUCAUUUGUUUUAUAGGUUUUUAAAAUGGCCUAUUCUCACACUCACAUACUCACAUUCAGUCACUGAUUUUAAGCAGGUGAUAUUUGGUACCGUGUUCUAAUCCAUAACAGACGUGAGGAUGAUAUGAAGAUGGUUACGAGGUUAAAUGUGUGAAUAUCAGUCAGAUAUAUGGGAGAACUUCCUGAUUGUUUUAUUUUUUUACCACUGCAAAAAGAACUGAAACACCCAUACUACCCCACACACACGAAGGAAGUUGCAAUACUGGGCAUUUACUAUUUAUAAGGACAUCUGAGGUGGGGAUUUUUCAGACACAGAAGCCUAAGACAAGAAGAAAUAACCUCUCUAUCAUCUACUGUUGUGAUUUCUAACAAAGGCAUUAAGCAUGCCACCCACCUUCUGGACCAUUGCAGUCCCAUCAUUGCUUUUAAUGGUCAGAUCCACAGUUUUGAUGAAUGUAGACAGAAAUGUCCAGCUCUGUUCCUUUAGGAGGGAAAAUAGAAAGGACCUUACCAACAGCAACCUGAACAGGAUACCAUCAGACUUGCCAGAUGACACGGAAUACUUAGAUGUCUCUGAAAACAAUAUUUCUAGUAUCAUCCAUGAUGACCUGUACAGACUCACUCGCCUGUGUUUCCUCAAGAUCACCCACUGUGGCCUUCGAUUCAUCUCCCCUGAUGCCUUUUAUAAUAACUCAGAACUCAAGGUUCUCAACAUCUCCUACAACCCACUGACCGUUAUUCCGUACUUGUCCCUGCCACAGCUUAGGAUCUUAGACCUUUCCGGCAAUGAUUACGGCAGCUAUACGCUUCCGGCUUUUUUCAGUAACUUGACGCAUCUUACUACCUUUGCAAUAGGAAGUCCAAAAGUAACGUCAGUUGAUAUCGAUGAUUUGGCACCACUUCGAAAUACACAUUUAAAACAAUUCACAUUUGGAGGUGGCACUGAGAUGCAAAAAUACGAAAAUGGUUCUUUUGCCCAACUUAGAUCAUUGGAGGAAGUGUCUCUGAGAGUGACCUUUUGUCACAACUUUGAUAUUUUCAAAACCAUGUUGAUGGACCUUGACCAAACACAUACAAGGAAAGUCAGGCUAAUCAAGCUCUUUCCAGAUCAGUGUGCAAUUACAAGCGAUCCUUUCGAGAACCUUGAGAAACUCCAUGUACUCUCCAACUUAACCAUUGUGGACACUUUGAUUAACAGCUCUGUCAUGGUGAAACUCAUCCAAAAUAUCUGGAAAUCAUCUUUUGAGGAACUUGAAUUUCUAAACAUAACUUAUAAUGAAGAUACUCCAUAUGGGUUUCAAUUCCCCAGUCAGAACCAUACACUCAGUUUACAAGCAAUUGUUUUUGACGGUGUGAACCACUAUCAAUAUCGCUAUCCUACAGUCAACAUGAGCAUGGACUUGAUUUCUCAGCUGACUUACAUGAAGUUCUCUGGUACUGGAAUGAAUAUUCUUCCAUGCAAUCUCAUUUCGGUUAUACCAUCACUACAAAUCUUGGACCUGUCCAACAACCUUUUGGAUGAUACAGGAUUCUGGUGGUAUUUGUGCUCAUAUGAGGGUGUGUUUCCAGCUUUGAGACAGCUUUCGUUAAGCAACAAUCGUUUUUCUGACCUGGCGUAUAUUUCUAAGAGGACUCAUGAAAUGAAGGUUUUAAUGUCCCUUGACUUAAGUUUCAACUCCAUUAAGAUUGGGGAGCCAUGCUCCUGGCCCUCACACCUCACUGAACUGAAUCUCAGCCAUAACAACUUGGGCGACACUGUAUUUCAAUACCUGUCCUCUCAUUUCCAAAAGAUCGACCUCUCCAAAACAGGCAUAAGCGUCAUCUCCCAGGAUGUCCUCUCACAGUUCCCCAGUCUCACACAUCUCAUCCUGAGCUUUAAUAGCAUACAGCUCAUCCCCUCGGAUCUCCAUGCACCUGCACUGCACACCCUUUACGUUGAUCAGAAUGCCAUCACGUCCAUUGACCAGGCUGCGCUAGACGGCCUCUCCAGCCUGCAGACUUUAAAAGCAGGUAACAAUCCAUUUGUCUGCGAUUGUGACUCUUUUUGGUUUGUGACCAUGUUGAACAAGGCUCUUCUUCCUGAAUGGCCAUUAGACUACACAUGCAGUUCUCCACCAUCACUAGCAGGAAAGUACUUAGACACGUACAAACCGGGAAAACUUUCCUGUCUACCAGGACUCCAGGCAGCCGUGGCUCUACCAGUAAUUAUUGCUAUUACAGCUGCUCUGGGCAUCAUUUUCUAUGCAUGUGAUGGAAUCUGGUACACAAAAAUGCUCUGGGUAUGGAUAAGAGUGAAGCGUCGGAGCACCAAACAGGCAGAUAAAUCGAUGAACAGCACCUUUCUUUACCAUGCUUUCAUUUCCUACAGCCAGCACGACUGCACCUGGGUGGACUCUGAACUCGUCCCGACUUUGGAGAGCGCAGGCUUGUCCAUCUGCAUUCACGAGCGAGACUUUGUUCCUGGCCAGUGGAUUGUGGACAAUAUCAUUAACUGUGUGGAAAGCAGCUACAAAACAAUCUUUAUCCUGUCAAAGCACUUUGUUCAGAGUGAAUGGUGCAACUAUGAGCUCUUUUUCGCUCAGCACAGAGCGAUUAGUGUGAAGGACGACUCGCUGGUCUUCAUUCUUUUGGAGCCCAUCCCGUCUGACUCUCUGCCUAAGAAAUACCUGAGGCUAAGGACCUUGCUAAGGCAGAAAACCUAUCUGGAAUGGCCAAAAGAUGAAACCAAGAAAAAAGUUUUUUGGUCUAGUCUCAGGUCCAUCCUGCAGACUGCAGACAAGAGUGUGGUGCUGAAAGAGAUUGCGUUUGACAUAGCUGAAAAUGCUCUUUUACUGAAUGCUCAACAGUGAAUUUUCCUACAAACUGGCAUCUUACUCAAGUUUACUUUUGUAUCAGUGGUAGCUGCAGAGACUCAGAUCAUCAAAACAACAACAGCAUGUCCCAAGUGUUUACUUUUUUUAUAGCACAGAAAUUUGGCAAUAAUUAAAUUUUUUAAUUAAUUAAAACAAAAUAUCAUACUUUGUAUUGCUUUAUAGUUACAUUUAAUGCUGUGAAUGUUGACAGGUUCCUGUUAUCACUUACGCUAUAGCAGCUAUAAACAGUUGUUCCCUCUCCAGCCUCUCUAUUUUUCUCUCUCUUGAAGUUAAUAAGACAAAAAAAGUAUAGCAUGUGCAGCAGCUUCUUAUGUUACGGAGAAAGUACGUACUUUCUUGUGUCAAAAAACUUAACUUUACAGGUUUACCUCUGACUGUUAUAAAGCACUGACAAUGGAGACUUCUUCCAAAAUAUGCUAAUUAAACAUCAUCUCAGAAAACGUCACACAUUAAUCUGUUCAUGCGGAGCGUCUGCCAUACAAGUAUCUGCGUUAGUUAUUAGAGAAAUGAUAAUGUAUUAGAAAGAGUGCAUUAAUAUUAACUUUGCAGCUGGAACUACUGUCAGAGCUGCUGGUAUAGAAAAUUAAUCAACACCUUCUGACCAAUCGGAAUUGAGAAGUCAGCAGCGCUGUGGUAUAAGUAGGUUUAAGGCCAUGACACAAAACACGGAAUGUUGCGUGACCCAUUUUAUCUACUGUCUUUUGGCAAUGGCUGUCUGAGGACAUAAACUGCCUCAACUACACAAAUAACACUUAUUUAUUGUGUAUACCUGACAUACAAGCGAGUCUUUGGAGUGACUCUGUCUCCAUCUAGUGUUAAAGUAGCAUUUACUUUAAAUUUCAGUGUACAGUGUGUGUGGGUUUCCAUUUUGUAUGAUAUUUCUAUCUGAUCACCUGUAAACAGCAUGGUAUGGAUGGUCCAGUGACAGUAUCACACAUGAUGUUGACACUACACAACUUUUCUUUUUUUCAUUGUUGCUGUUUUUAAUAAAACAAUAAAUGCUUUGUUUAUCAGACCCUGUUGAGUGGCAGGUGAUGUCUGAUCACAUAAAAGUCACAAACGUGUUCUGGUGGCUGAUAUCUAGCCUCAUGAGGAUUAUUGAUUGUAACAUGGUUCGUGAUAUUAUUGUGGUAUUGGAGCAGCAGGUCUCUCUGUCAUGUAUUUUUCACCAAACCUUUUAAAAUUCUCAUCCAGUAACCAGAAUUAAGGGAUUGCCUCUGUGAGAAGGAGACUUCAAAUUUGUCUGAAAUCGGGAGACUUAGAAGACGGCUGUUCUUACUGUCCCAGAUUUUACCAAAAAUCCUGCCUGCAUAGACAGCUUCCUGCCAGAAGGAAUAAUGAUGGUAUUUUGAAAUACAGUCUGUAUAGAAUAUUUUGAUAACAUAAUAAUAUUUUGCUAAAAAUAACUGAUUAUCAGCACAUCCCUACACAUAUGACUUGUGUUUAUCACUGUAUGUAAUAUUACUG